UGCUACUGUCACAUUUCAGUGAUGUCACAGCUGCAGGUGGUACAGAGCCAGCACCACCAUCUGAUGCCCAGCCUGAGUGCUGGCUGAACUGAGAGGAACAGGGUUGGUGCCUGGCACUGGUGUUGCUCCAUUCGUCUCUGAGGUCUCACAGCCCCAGCAUGAGUCCAUCCGCAAAGAAGAGGCCCAAGAACAGCAGGGUUUCCAAGAUGCAAGAUGAGAAACUGCGGGACGAGACAGAGCAGCCUGUGAGCAAAGUAAUUGAGCGGAACCGUCUGAGAACGGUGUUAAAAAACUUGUCGCUCUUGAAGCUACUCAAGAGCUCGAACCGCCGGAUCCAAGAACUGCAUAAGCUGGCCAAAAGGUGUUGGCAUUCACUGCUCAGUGUUCCAAAGAUUCUCCGCAUCUCCUCUGGGGAAAACAGUGCCUGCAAUAAAGCAAAACAAAAUAAUGAAGAGUUCCAGGAGAUCGGGUGCUCCGAGAAGGAACUCAAGUCCAAGAAAUUAGAGUCCACAGGGGACCCUAAGAAAAAAGAGUACAAGGAGUGGAAGUCCCAGGUGCAGUCAGGGAUGAGGAACAAGGAGAAAACGUCAUCGGCGGCAAUGCCACGGAAAGAAAAGCAUAUAGAGCCUGAGGUUCCAAGGACAUCGAGGGAUGAUAGCUUGAACCCUGGAGCCCAGGGGAGGCAACCACUCACCGAGGGCCCCCGAGUCAUCUUCAUUAAGCUCUACCGCAAUAGAACUCCCAUGGGGCACAUGAAGCAGCUGGAUGUAGCCGACCAGUGGAUCUGGUUUGAGGGACUGCCCACACGAAUCCACCUCCCGGCGCCCAGGGUGAUGUGCAGAUCCUCCACCCUGCGCUGGGUUAAGCGCCGCUGCACCCGCUUCUGCUCCGCAUCACUUGAAAUGCCUAUGUGGCAUCCAUACAAGGUUGAUGUGACCUGGACGGGAGCCAGAGGUGCGAGCAGAGGGUGGAGAUCGCGCAAUCAGCUGAAGGGGAGGGAUGGGUGGCGAAAUUCACGAGUCUACAAAUAAGAUCUUCCAUAUGGCACCUAAAA